GGCGUCAGUUCGGCCUAGUCUCCGACACCGUUCCUCGUGGACAUGGCUUCAUGUGCAUCGUUGCCCGCGGAUCGACUGCACUUGCAGUGCCUGUCUCGUGACCACCGUAUGGAUGUUUUUUGGUGAGCCCCAGAUCACUCGGGGUGUACUGAGAGAGGAGGUGCGUUAUGUUCGUCUCUCCGUCAAACCUGGGGUUAGCUGCGAGGUGCAUACGCUUCCGGUCGGAAAGGUGCAAAUGAAUGGCUAGGCGCGAGAUUCAAUACUCGCAGCGAUCCGGAUGCCAUAUCGACGAGUAGACACUUGGUGAAAACCGGGGAAUGGCGCCACUCGAGCGAGAGGGAGAGCCGUAAGAGGUUUCUCGAAUCCGGCCGCAGGACAAGUUGAUGCUCGCGUUUGACGCAUAGCUUUCUCGACCGAUGCUCACUCGAAAUUCAACCUUCUACAGCUCAGGUCGUAGUAGCCGUGCUACGGUGCUCGGGUCCUCGCCCCCUCGUGCCGUCCGUCUUCAAGAUCAAUGGGGGCCUCGUUCGAAGACGUCAUGCGAGUGGUUACGACGGUGUCGGCGCUGUACAUGUGUGCGAGUCCUUCGUCCUCGGUGAUCCGCAUCCACCGGCACCGCAACGUCGGUAGUGCCUCCAUCCUGCCGUUUGCAACGCUCUGGGUCUGCAAUCACAUCUGGAUGCUAUACGGUUACGUUACGGGAAACCUGUUCCCCGUAUUCACUACAUACGCUAUCGGAGACGCACUCAGUGUCGUCUUCCUUGCAGUGUACAUGCGCUGGACAACAGAACGCAAGGCAGCGCUCAAGACUUUCUUUAUAGCUCUACUCUGCAAUGCAGCAGUGACGAUGUACGUCGUGCUGGGCAUGAGCGGAGCGUUCCAGCAGUCACAUCACACCAUGACGUUGACAGUCGGCAUCACCGCUGUCGCUUCCAGUCUCGCGCUGUAUGCGUCGCCCCUCGCGGCAAUCAAAGUGGUGCUGCAAACUCGGUCGUCGGCCUCAUUGCCGUUUGCCAUGAUCCUCGCCGGAGCCAUCAACAAUCUGCUGUGGGUCGUGUACGGCUUCCUCGUCUUCGACCUGUUCCUGAUCGUCCCUUCCAGCGUCAACGCAUCACUCGGUCUCGUUCAAGUUGCGCUAUGCGGUGUGUUUCACCCGUCUCGCUUGGUGAGUGAAGGCGCCAUCGUCCCUGUGGCAUCGUGCCAGUCGCCUAAAGACGAGCUUCCGCAGUUCAAUUACACUGUCAUGGAGCCGACCACACCUCUCCCGAUCGCCAUCAUCAAGGAGAGCUUGGACAUCUGCAGUAUUACAAUAGAGGAACCUUGCUCUCUUGAGGAGAAGCGAUAGCCUCAGUAGUCUAGGCAUCGAUCGAUCGUCUAGGCGCUCACUUGGAUCCUUAAAUACAUCCUUUUAACAAACA